GCCCCAUUGCUGCCUGUCCCUCUGGUCACGUCCCGCGUCUGAAAGAGCAACAGGGAUGAAGGGCUUGGCCGGGUACCUGUGGCUGCCGCUCCUGCCCCUCCUGGGGGGGCACCUGGUGGCAGCGGAGGAGGUGCUAUCGCAGGUGGCCUUUGUGCAGCGGAGCCUGACCUCGGAGAAGGGGCCCGGCGAGUUCAUGUUCGACUUCGACGGCGACGAGAUCUUCCACGUGGACCUGGACCGCAAGGAGACCGUCUGGCGGCUGCCCCAGUUCCAGGAGUUCACCAGCUUCCAGGCCGAGGGCGCCCAGGGCAACAUUGCUGUGCUCCGCUCCAACCUGGACAUCCUCAUGCGCCGCUCCAACAACACCCCGGCCAAGAACGUCCCCCCCAAGGUGCUGGUGUACCCGGAGAAGCCGGUGGUGCUGGGGGAACCCAACGUGCUCAUCUGCCUGGCAAACGAGUUCUCGCCCCCGGUGAUCAGCCUGACCUGGGUGAAGAACGGGCAGGCGGUGAAGGCCACGGAGGAGACCGACUUCUACCCCAACACGGACAACUCCUUCCGCAAGUUCUCCUACCUGAUCUUCGUCCCCAACGCCGAGGACAUCUACUACUGCCGGGUGGAGCACUGGGGCCUGGCCCAGCCCCUCACCAAGGAGUGGAAUACCAACAUGCCCGAACCCCUCCCGGAGACGGCGGAGAACGUGGUCUGUGCCCUCGGCCUGGCCGUGGGCAUCGUGGGCAUCAUUGUGGGCACCGUCCUCAUCGUCAAGAGCCGGCAGAAGGACGAGGGCAACUUCCGCGGGGGGAACCUGUGAGUUCCGCCGGCAGCUGCCAGGCCCAAAGAUGGGUAAUCGAAGGUGCCGCGCCCUUCAACUCGAGACAUGCCUCUGCCUUUUUCCCGACCCGCAUCCUUUGCUGCUCUUUUCUUGGCAAGGCCUUUCCUCCUAGGGAGGAAGCUUUCCUGAUCCCCAGCAGCCUUUAAUGUGACUCCUCCCACCAAUAUGGGGCUCACACUGAAAUGGCCCUGCAGGGGCCCGGCCGGGUAGCCAUCCGGGAAGGAGUGAGAGAGGGGCCCCCUCUCAGGAGUGCCCCCCACGGGAGGCCCCCCCAGAAGGGCUGCGAGCUCCUGCCUCCCGCAACAGUUUUCCCUACAAUCAAGUAAGACCCUCUUCUCUCGCCUUACCAUUAAUGGCCUGAGUCCCUUCCUGAUGCUCCAGUGUCUCUCCCCAAGGGUGGGACUUCCUUCCAGUGCCCGAGACCCCCGAGUCCAGGCGUGCAGGUGGGGACUGGCAGUGAGGUGCCGUCUGUCUCUCUGCACUUGCCUUUUUUAAAAUUGGGAGUGGGGAAACAAAUCAAAACAAAUGGAGACCUGGUGAUUGUAUGAACUUCGCUUGCUGUGACUGCUUGGCAUUUGCCUACGUCAAAACGUCUUCCUAAAACUGUGUGCUAAUUUGCUGUUCACUUAUGUAGAAGUGUCUGUCUCUGCGUAUGAACUGUUAACUCCCAUUCCAAUGUUAUCUGAGGAACUGCGCCUGCACACGGAAGCUCACGCCUUGAAUAAAACUUUGUGGGUCUUAAA